GUGAGGCCAGCCGAUUGCGCGAGCAGUUGACAUGCCCUUCAACACGCACUGCAACUUCUCACUAAAGACAGAUAGAUAGAUGCUGCUUCACAAAGAACACGACCUUGUUCGCUGAGAAACCGCACUCCCACCUUUCCACCCUUCCUCUGCAGACAGUCUCCAGCCUCCAGGUAUACCCCCAAACGAGAGGCAGGGACAACCUCUAAAAUUGCCCAAAUCGUUACCACUCGGCGUGGGAAACUACAAUUCCCAGGAUGCACUGCUGCCGCGACCAAACGCAGGCCCACCCGCCCGAGAAACUACAAAUCCUAGGAUGCAGCGCGACCUCGGACCGCCGCGAGCACGGCUCUGAGGCUGCUGUCCCUGCGUCGACUGGAUCGGGGUCAGCGCUGCAUGCGCGAAGCAGAACACCUAGUAUCAGAUUGGUUGCGAUUUGCCAGUGGUCGCUGUGCUCCCCACACUGGCCUGGGGUACGGUGCUACUGGGAGAAGGGCGAGGGGCACAGUGCACUUCCUGCGGACCAAAAUGGGCGACACACUCGGAAACUACUAAACUUCCUGUGGAAGCGAAGUAGAAUUUCAUAAGAACAUAAUGGGUAAGUUUCAUAAGAAAAUAUUGGAUGGAGAAGAGAAAACCUAUGGUGGCUGUGAAGGCCCUGAUGCCAUGUAUGUCAAAUUGAUAUCUUCAGAUGGUCAUGAAUUUAUUGUAAAAAGAGAACAUGCAUUGACAUCAGGAACAAUAAAAGCCAUGUUGAGUGGCCCAGGUCAGUUUGCUGAGAACGAAACUAAUGAAGUCAAUUUUAGAGAGAUCCCUUCACAUGUGCUAUCAAAAGUAUGCAUGUAUUUUACUUACAAGGUUCGCUACACUAACAGCUCCACGGAGAUUCCUGAAUUCCCAAUUGCACCUGAAAUUGCACUGGAACUGCUGAUGGCUGCGAACUUCCUAGAUUGUUAAAUAAAAUAAAUUAUAAUAAACUGUUAACUUUUUUCAGUAUUU